UGACCCUGCGCACAGUGUUCAUUCAGCUCAGACCAACGAACCAUCAGGACCAGGACCAGGCCUCGUUCAAAGACCCAAAGUCUGCUGAACUCGACAUCACAGAGACUCUGAUGACUCUAAUGCUGGACUCCACUGAGUCUGUGAGCUCUGAAGGAUCUUGAACUAUUCAGAACUCUUCUGGACUCUACUGACUCUACUGGACUCUUCUGGACUCUACUGACUUUACUGACUCUACUGACUGUUCUGGACUCUACUGACUCUACUGAUUCUACUGUCUUUACUAACUCUACUGGACUCUACUGACUCUACUGGACUCUACUGACUCUACUGGACUCUGCUGUCUCUACUGACUCAACUGGACUCUACUGUCUCUACUGACUCUACUGAUUCUACUGUACUGACUCUACUGGACUCUGCUGUCUCUACUGACUCUACUGGACUCUACUGACUACUGUCUCUACUGACUCUACUGUCUCUACUGACUCUACUGGACUCUACUGACUCUACUGGACUCUACUGAUUCUACUGUCUCUACUGACUCUACUGGACUCUACUGACUACUGAUUCUACUGUCUCUACUGACUCUACUGGACUCUACUGAUUCUACUGACUCUACUGUCUCUAUUGACUCUACUGUUGGUGUCAGAGCUCAUUAUGUGCUUGCUGUUUUCUGCCUUCUUAUUUGUGGCCGUCGGGUAUUUCAUCGACGCCUCUCCGACGGUCCCUCCAACUCUGGAGGACAAUGUGGUGUCUCGGCUCCAGGAGGGGGCACCACCCCUGGACUGUCCAUCUUGCUCACUGCUUCAGAUCAGGAGGAACUCUACUUCGUCAGGAGGACAGAGCGACAUGGUGGAGGCGGUGAAGCGUCACAUUCUCAAUAUGCUGCACCUGAGCACUCGGCCCAACCUCACACAGCCAGUUCCUCGCGCUGCGUUGCUCAAUGCCAUCAAAAAGCUGCACGUAGCCCGUGUGGCUGAAGACGGCAGCGUAGAGAUCCAGGAAGAGGGCCGGGGCCCUGGAGCCUAUACACCACCUGAACCACCGUCUGAAAUCAUCACCUUCGCAGAGCCAGGAGAUUCUCUGGACACGGUGACCUUUGACAUUUCGAAGGAGGGCAGCAGCUCGUCGGUGGUGGAGCAGGCGAACGUCUGGAUCUUCCUGAAGAUGUUGAAGGGAAACCGAGUUAAAGGCAAAGUGACGCUGCGGCUGCUGCAGCUUCAUCGUGAGAAUGAUGAUGAUGAGGAGGAGUGUGUUUCAGAAAAGAUGGUGGAUACUCGUCGCAGCGGCUGGCACACCCUAGUUGUCUCCCGCAGCAUUCAGACUCUGCUGGAUGGCGGUGGUAGCUCGCUCCAUCUGCGGGUCUCCUGCCCACUAUGCGCCGAGGCUGGAGUCUCGCCCAUCCUGGUGCCAGCUGUCGAUAAGCAUGCCAGUGGGCAGGACCAGUCUCACCGCCCAUUCCUCAUGGUGGCGCUGCGAGCUGGAGAGGAGGCGACUCAGCGACGAGUCAAACGAGGCUUGGAGUGCGACGGGAAAAUACGUGUCUGCUGCAAACGACAGUUUUACGUGAACUUCAAAGAUAUUGGCUGGAACGACUGGAUUAUUGCUCCGUCCGGUUACCAUGCCAACUACUGUGAGGGUGACUGUCCAAACCACAUGGCGAGCUUCAGCGGGUCAUCCCUGUCCUUCCAUUCCACGGUCAUCAAUCAUUAUCGUAUGAGGGGCUACAGCCCGUUUCAAAACAUCAAGUCGUGCUGCGUGCCAACCCGGCUGCGCGCUAUGUCGAUGCUGUACUACAAUGAAGAGCAGAAGAUCAUCAAGAAAGACAUCCAGAACAUGAUUGUGGAGGAGUGUGGCUGCUCGUAAGGACUCAUAAAGACACCAGAAACGCUUCCUGCUUCCUGCAGAAAAAUACCAGUUCAGCACUUUUAAAGAUCAAAUAUUUAUGUUUAGUGACGAAGCGUGUUUCUUAUCGGGAGAGACUCUUUUCCACAUUGGAACCACCCGAGAAUAUUCUAUGCAACAACUCCUGCAACUUUCUACGUCGACAGCUCUGUCUGUCCGUUUAUCUGUCUGUCUGUCUGUCUGUCUGUUCAUCUGUCUGUCUGUUUCUGUUGUUGAGGUUCAACCUGUGUAAAAAUCACUGACGUUGUUCAGUUACUUGAAAGAAAUGUAGUCAAACAUCAUCUUCAUCAUCAUCUUCAUCAUCAUCAUCACCAUCAUCAUCAUCUUUAUCAUCAUUAUCAUAUAUUAUAAUUAGUUGAAUGUUGAUGUUUCCUGGCAGAGACUUAGACUUAGAAAGCCAAAGACAGUCGACACAGGAGAUCGAAGUUCGUUCACUGAGGUACAAACAAGCAACGAGUAAAUGUACAGGACACGUGACAAUGUGUCAGUUAACGAGCUGCGAGUGAAUUCAUGAAACCUGUCUGUUAACAAGCUGUGAGUGAAUUCAUGAAACCUGUCUGUUAACGAGCUGUGAGUAUUUUGUUAAAUUAACUGUUGAAACAAAACCACUGAAUAUUUGUCAGCAGUUUUUGCUUCUUUGUAUAAAAAGUAUGUUUUUGCCAACUUUCUAUAAUUUAUUUGCAUUCUGCCUUCUUUUAGCUUCAUCAUUAAACAGUGAUGUUUGUCAACAUGACAACAUAUCAUCA